GAGAAAUAGUUAGUAGAUACACAGAACAAACAUUUUGAAGAAAACCUUAAACCUCCUCAUUUACAACCACUGUCACAUCAUGGAAGCUCAAAGAUUUUUCAUACUGACCGGGGUAUUUUUCUUCUCUUCUGUUUGCUCAGGAAUGCGUCCACCAAACUUGUCUCUGGAUACCACUGUGUUUGUGGCCUUUGAGGGUGAAGACCUCACCAUUGACUGUCACAUCUUCAAACAACAAAACAAAAGUAGAGACAGUAUCAGUUGCAUCGAUCCUCACAACAACCGGAUAUACACUAAAGAGCUCCCUGCGACGACUGACAAGCCUAAAGUCAUUAAUAGCAAACUGCAGCUGAACAACAUGACCAGCUCCGGAGAAUACUACUGCGAGUAUCAAACAGCCAGGGUGUACUGGUUUCUCAGAGUGAGAGCUAAUGGCUACAAGGAGCCCAUUGUGUUUAAUUACACAGAAUUCAUCGCUGUGGCCGUCGUCACUAGUGUGCUGCUGGUUUUCAGCGUGGUCGGCUCCAUUUAUGUCUUCAGGGGACAUUGGAAAGAGCAGAUUACUAUAAGUGGAAAAACCAGCAGGGAGCAAAGGCAGAACAGAGGAGAAACACAGGUGAGGGAGACAGAGGAAGACAAAAGAACAGCUCCAUCUCCAUCUGUAUAUGCUAGUCUGGAGGCUCGGCCCAGGUCCAUUUAUGAUGUGCUCGACCACUCCCAAAACACGGAGCAAACCACAGAACACCCGGAUGACAACGUAUCUGAGUCUGUCUAUGAGAACCUUUGAAUCAUGAAUCAUUAGUUUCACCAGAUUGAGAGAUUUUGAGAGAGCAAAACUAUUUAGAUUAUUUCAAAG